AACGAAGCCCCGCCUACUCCUCAACGUUGUUGACUGCGGCGGAGACGCGCCAGAUCACUUGCAGCAUCUGUAAAGGACAUGACUAGACUGAACGGACAGAGAAUGGACGCAAACGUCGUGGUACUCGGCACAGACAAUGUUGGAAAAUCUGCACUUAUUGUCCGAUUCCUGACUCGUAGAUUCAUCGGAGAAUAUGGGGAUAUUGAGUCCCUUUACACUCACAAUGUUGUUGUGGAUGGACGAGAGCAAGCUUUGAAUAUAUGGGAUGCACCAUAUUCACAGCAGGACCUGUCUUCCGAGUCCUUGAUGUACGAAAAGAGAGUCCAGUGGGCAGAUGGCUUUGUGCUGGUCUACAGCAUCUGUGACCGAGCCAGUUUCAACGCGGUCUCCAGACUCAUUCAAAUAAUCAAAACCAAUAAGGACAUUCUGGGCUUUGAGAAGAUGCCAAUAGUUAUUGUGGGAAACAAGAGGGACCUGCACCACCAUCGUACAGUCCUCAGCGAAGAGGGCAGGCUGCUUGCACUCUCUGCAGACUGUCAGUUUUAUGAAGUCUCAGCUGCUGAGAACUACCACAGCGUCCUCAUGGUUUUCCAUGGGCUGGUGGAUCGCAUCAGGGAGUCCAGGGUGUCUGUGAAAAAGUUAGCAGGCAUCAAGGGCAUUGUGAAGAGCAUGUCUGCAGUGUUCACCCGCAGGCGAACAGAUUCGCUGUGAAGCUAAUGGGAGCUCUGGAAAUAAAGUUUAUGUGGUCUGAUAUGACCUAUUUUAGAUCCAUUGAGAGGGACGAGCCGUUGCUGUGGCUUGCAUGAGAGUCUGGGAUCUCUCAUGAGACUACAGCUGGAUCUUCCGUGUGGGCAACUAAGAGAUUGCCCUAGUUUGUCUGCUUAGGCGAUGGCUUACAUUGAGAACAUGUUGACAGUGGAGAGUUCUCAAUAAAAUGCUUAAGAUGCUAUGUGGCAGCAGAUUAUAUCAAUCAUAAGUGGAGGGAAUAUUCCAUUGUUUGAUGAUAAAUGUGUAAUUUAACCUUUAAAAGGAAAAGUUCAGCCAGAAAUGAAAAUUUGCUGAAAAAUUUCUCACCCUUAGAACAUCCAAAAUGUAGAUGAGCUUGUUUCUUUAUCUGAGUAGAUUUGGAGAAAUUACAUCACUUGCUCACCAGUGGAUCCUCUGCAGUGAAUGGGUGCCGUCAAAAUGAGAUUCCAAACAGCUGAUAAAAACAUCUUCGUAAUUCACAAUUAAUCUACAUAAACAACUGUUUUGGACUGUUUUUGCUUCUAAACUGUACUUGAUCUGUGAAUAUUUCUCUUGAAUCAGAUGAGAUGACUUUUACAUUGGAAUAAACAUUAUUAUGGAUAGAGGACUCAUAUUUUAGUUAGAAGCAAUGAUUUGACAUUACAAUGUGACAUUACAAUUACAAAAUGUGAUUUGAUGGCUGCAGUUAUGUGGAUUAUUGUGAUGUUUUUAUCAGCUGUUUUAAAUCUCAUUCUGACGGCACCCAUUCACUGCAGAGGAUCCACUGGAGAGCAAAUGAUGUAAUGCUAAAUUUCUCCAAUUCUGUUCAGAUUAAGAAGCAAUCUCAUCUGCUUCUUGGCUGGCCUGAGGGUGAUUUCCAGCUGUUAUUUGUAAACAGGAAAGAUGUCAGUGCUUCUGCAAAUAAUCAUGAAUGUUGGAAGAAGGUAAACACUGUGGUGAGGAUGGCCAUGGGAAUUUUUCAUGAUUCAGUGCUGAUGUGCUGUGGCCUAAAAAUAUAAACUGAUGCAAGACAACAUUGUCUUAUGCUACAUUUAUCAAAUACAAAAGGCUCCAACAGUAUCAGCUAUUAUCAUUCAAGGAGCUGUUAUCAGCUCAAGGCCGUCUUGCAGUUCAAUUACAAAGUUUGAUGAUUGCGCCUGUGUGCAUUCAGAUAACAGCACAGAAUGUGUUUUUUUCCAGCUUCUUUUCUGAGGCUGUUUAAGUGCUUUAUGGAGAACAUGUAUUGGUUUCUAGACCACACUGUUUAAUAAUAAAUAAAUAAAAAACA